GCAGAACCACAUUUCGGCUAAGAAGUCGGGAGUAAACAUAUUUUUUAAAAUAAGUAUUUAAAAGGGAACAUACAUACCGUUUCGGAAAUAUUAUUAGAGUGAAGGAGUGAGGGAAGGUUUAAAACGCAUUCUUGGUAAAUCACAUAUGUAUGAUGACCAGUCCAUCGCGGGAUAUAAACGAACUAUUUGACGACAUUGUCCUAACUGAGGAGAAGGAAGCUCGUUUGGGUUACGAGGAGGGACUGAAAGACGGCCAGGAGCAAGGUAACGAAGAAGGCUAUAAAUUGGGCUACGCCCAGGGAGUAUCUCUAGGAGAGGAACUGGGAAGAAUUUUCGGUCAAGUAGUAGCCCAGCAGCAACUUCAGCACACGGAUAAGGUGCGUCGUAGUCUGCAGCAGAUACGUUCGCUUAUCGAGGAGUUUCCCCGCACUAACGAUCCGCAGGCGGAUAUAGUAGGGGCUGUGCAGGAAAUCCGGUCGUCCCAACGUCGUCUUCGCGCCUUGUUGGGAUCCAAGAAAACGUCAGUCGCAACACUUUCAGAACCAUCUGCUGUCGAACACAAGCACUACAGUUUUUAG